AUGUCGACUGAAGUUAUCCGCGAAACCAAAGUUCUCUUAACUCCUCUCAAUUAUGCCCUCUGGUUGUUGCCGAUGGAGGCAAGACUCUUUAGACUGAAACUUCUCAACAUCGUCAAAAGUGAAGUUGAACCAGACGAAAAAGAAAAAGAAUCUUGGAUGAAACUCAACAACGAUGCGUAUGCCGAAAUCAUUGCGUACAUCGGUCAAGAAGUCCUCGGAUUCGUCAGCUCUGCUUUGCCUGUAACCCCUCGCUUCAACGGACGGGGUAUCUGGAAACUUCUGAAAUCUCAAUAUGCCGGUGAUGACUUGACCUCUCAAACGACCGCCCUCGAUCAAUUCCUUCAUCUCAGCUUUUCUUCAAUCGCCACUUUUAUCCCCGCCGUUCGAUCAGGAAAUCAGAAGAUAUCCAUGUCGGGUCUUGUUCUGGACGAUCGAGUCCGAACCAUUCUCAUGCUCAAGAAACUUCCUUCCGAUUACCGUUCUUUCCGCGACAUCGUCUCGAUGAACUACGGCUCCGAAUCGUUUGAAUCCGUCAUCAAGAAGCUUGAGAGCUAUGUAGCUCAGAACGAUUUAGACAAAAAACCUACGGUAUCGUCGACUCCGUUACAGUCACUUCUCACUCGAUCGAAUGAUCAAGCCUCGGCGAGCUCAACAGUUUGCGAUCACUGCAAGAAACCAGGCCAUCGCGUCAACAACUGCUGGGUCAAAUACCCUGAAAAAGCCCCGAAGUCACACACAGCCCACAUGACCGUUCAAGACAACUACAACCAACUCAACGAUCCAACCGAUUUCUCUCACUUCAGAACAGCCGACGGCAAGCUCCAUCACGUCGACGAAAUGAGGUUUGAAGGCGUUCAAUACUUCUAA